AUGAGGUCGGCCUGUCUCUCUCUGCUCCUGGUCACUGCCUGCUGGGCUUUGCCCUUCCGCCAGUCUGGCUUCUUAGACUUCAUGAUGGAGGAUGAGGUAGGAUCGGGUGAUCCGACCACAGAUAUAAGCAUCCCUCCCAUGGCCGAGGGCCCCAAGUGCCCCUUCCGAUGCCAGUGCCACCUGCGUGUCAUCCAGUGCUCUGACCUUGGUCUGAAGGCAGUUCCUGGAGACAUCCCAGAUGACACAACCCUGCUGGAUCUGCAGAACAACAAGAUCACUGAGAUUAAGGAGAAUGACUUCAAGAACCUGAAAGGAUUACAUGCUCUGAUCCUGGUAAACAACAAAAUCACUGUCAUCCAUGCCAAGGCUCUCAACCCUCUGACCAAACUGCAGCGUCUCUACCUGUCUAAGAACAUGCUAAAGGACGUACCUGCUAACAUGCCCAAGAGCCUGCAAGAGUUGAGGAUCCAUGAGAACGAGAUCACUAAGAUCAAAAAGUCCUCCUUCCAGGGCAUGUCCCAUAUCAUCGUCAUGGAGCUUGGAUCCAAUCCCUUGAAGAGUGCAGGAGUUGAGGCCGGUGCUUUUGGGGACCUGAAAAGAGUCUCUUACAUCCGCAUCGCAGACACUAACAUUUCAGAGAUCCCCAAAGGUCUGCCCAGCUCCCUCUCUGAGCUCCACCUGGAUGGAAACAAGAUCACCAAAGUGACAGCUGAGAGCCUCAAGGGCCUGAAGAACCUGGCUAAGCUGGGUCUCAGCUACAAUGAGAUCAGCUCUGUGGAAAAUGGUUCACUGGCAAACGCCCCCCACCUGCGAGAGCUGCACCUCGACAACAACGCUCUUACUAGUGUUCCUCCUGGUCUGCCUGACCAUAAGUACAUCCAGGUGGUCUACCUCCAUUCCAACAAGAUUGCUGCUGUGGGAACAGAGGACUUCUGUCCUCCUGGCUUCAACACCAAGAAGGCCAUGUACUCUGGCAUCAGCCUGUUCAGCAACCCUGUGCCUUACUGGGAAGUCCAGCCAAUCACCUUCCGCUGCGUCUUCGACCGCUCCGCCAUUCAACUCGGCAACUACCGGAAGAAGUAGAGCGUGCCGCCCCUCUGCGAGGAAGUGUGUGUUUGUAAAUGAGUGUGUGAAAGUUUUGUAAGUGUGUGUGUUUGACCACAGCCCCGCAACACUGACCCCUCCCAGCACUGUCUUCCCACUGAAGAUGAUGUCAUAAUUCCACACACGCAAAACUUUAGUGGACAUGGACCUCAAACACAACAUAUCAUUUUCAAGAACAACUUUAUUUAGCUUCAAGGGUGGUGCAACAGCACAGCAGUACCUACAGCUUAUAGCUAACACCAGCAUACUAUAGUGAUACUCACAUGCACAGCAGAUCAUCAUCGUAAUAAACCAGUUCAUAUUAGUUCAACAACAAUGAACAUUACAGUACAGUUUCACAUUUAUAAUGUAAUAUUGUGCAGAAUAUGUGCUAAACAGAAGAAAACCCCGACCAAAAAUACCUGAAAUCUCACUCAGUGGAAAAUGUUAAUAAAUCUCAAUUUGAUAAACUGUUUCAGCCUUUAGCCAUUGUAUGAAUUGAAAGACGGCUGGCCUGUAGAGCAGGCAGCAGGGGGUUAACUUGUGUUUUACAAUACCUUUAACAACUGGUAUGCUAGAAUGUACUAGGUAUUACCUGUGUAAUAGGAUUAGCAUUCAGGGUGUAACAUUUCCUUGUUGCACUCCUUGAAUUGUAUUGUACUCAAUUCAAGUAGAGAUAAAAGCAACCGUGACUUCUAUCACAUUGUGAUUUCUUGUGCUUACUUCAGUUCUGGUUUUGUUUUUUUACACUUUGUUUUCAGUCCAUUCCAACCCUGUCCCUCUUGUAGUAUACAUUGUUCCAUGAAACAAGAUUAAAAAUAGCUUCUAUAAACGUAGAAUAAACCAUAUAUGUUUUGAAGCGAAGCCAUUCCCAAAGAUUUAUAUGCAUGCUCUUAUUCUUCUCCUAUCAACUUGAACCUGGUGCUUUCUGGAAUCUCUUGUUAAUGCCUGUAUGUAUUUCUCUUGUUUGUUUCCCUUUUUCAAGAGUUAAGAAAAAUUUGAGGGUGAAUGUGGACUGGCAUGCCCACAGCACCCCUGCUCGUGUGAAUGUUGUAUGUAUAGACGCUGUAUAUAAAUGCUGUAUAAAAAAAGAGAUCUCUCAUUGCUUAAAGGCACAAGCACUUACCAUAGCUCAGACGUAAUAUAUCGGCAACAAAGGUGUUCCUCUUUUUUCCGGAGCAGGGGCUCCAGCUUCGGUGUCCUGAACAAAAUAAAAAUACUAAUGGAAAAAGU